AUGGAUGGCAUCGACUACCUGUGCCGCCGCAUCGGGGUGAAGCGCGACCAGAUGGACCUCACGGGACACACCAUACUCGCCACCGCCGCCUGCAGCCAGGACGACACUUUCUUUGCCCUGGUCAAGUACAACUACAGGAGCAAGACCAUGGGGGACGACCGCGACUGUGUCGGUUACAAGAUCAUGGAGAUGGACGUGAUGUACGACGACACGGUGCUCAAGGUGAUGGGCAUCCACGAGCGCAACUCCCUGGCGCCCGACGACCUGGCGCCCGUGGCCUCCCUGGACUCCGCCCACGGCGCCGCCGCGGCCACGCCCUUCCCAGAGGAGGACCUGGGCCCCUACCCCCAGGGCCUGAGUGAUGACAGGGUGCUGGCACACAGCAAGGCGUGGUGCCAGGCGCGCUCCUCGGGCCAGCCUGAGCAGAUCCUGGACAAGGUCCUGGACCCCUCCUUCAGGCUGUGGGACGCCUACGGCGUGCUGCCUGUGCUCUGCGACCCCGCGCGGCGCAGCGACACCGACGCCUGCUGUGUGCGCUACGACGCCGUUAAGGACAUCAUCAAGCAGACCAAGGAGCGGUGA